AACCAAAGUAUUUUUUCACAAGCAGAGCUUCUUCAUCUCGCCUCCGCUUCAGCUCCGGUACAUAAAGCAGAUCUCUAGCCAUGGGACGCGCUCGAAUCGCCUGGAGAGAUCCAUAACGCUCGGCCGUGCUCCCCCAAGCGGUCGAGUUCCCGAUUCUCCGCCUGUCUGCAGGUGAGACACUGGAGCAUCUGCCCCGGAGUAUAAGUUACAUCAGUUAGAGAUUUGUGUUCUUACAUCAACAUUGUCAACAUUUUCGUCCGAUGAUUUUUCAGAGACUUGGCCAUUCUAUUGCCCGUACAAACCUCCAUUUGCCAACCUUUUGCAAAAGAUUCACUCAGAACUUUUAUAAGCCAACAUCUCAGAAGCUCUCUGUGGCUCCUCGUUUUGUUUCGUCGAAUUCUGAAAUGGGUGAUGCACGAAAACCCCCUGCUGUACCCAUCCCAUCGCUUGACAAAGCUGAUAAGAAUGAAUUGCUAAGAGCCCUCGAAGCCUCAGUGGGUUAUUCAUUUAGCAUUGAACCAUUGCGCCCUGUUCCAAAACCUUUGGUUAUUGUCAUUAGUGGACCAAGUGGAGUGGGAAAAGACGCUGUCAUUAAAAGAUUGAGGGAAGUUAGAGACAGUCUCCAUUUCGUUGUUACUGCAACUAGCCGGCCAAUGCGACCAGGUGAAGUUGAUGGCAAGGAUUAUUACUUUGUCACUAAAGAGGAGUUUCUCUCCAUGAUCGAAAAGGAUGAACUACUGGAGUAUGCUUUAGUGUAUGGUGAUUAUAAGGGUGUUCCAAAGCAGCAAAUACGUGAAUACAUGGCGAAGGGGUUCGAUAUAGUGUUGAGGGUGGACAUACAAGGGGCAGAAACCUUGAGGAGGGUUCUUGGGCAGUCUGCAGUUUUUAUAUUUCUGGUUGCAGAGAGUGAACUGGCACUUGUUCAGCGGUUGAUUAAUCGAAAGACAGAGACUAAAGAAUCACUUCUUGUCAGAAUAGCGACGGCACGUGAGGAGGUCAGACACAUUAAUAAAUUUGACUAUGUUGUUGUGAAUGAGGAAGGACAGCUAGAGAAUGCUGUGAAAUUGGUGGAGUCCAUCAUUGAUGCAGAGAAAGCUAAAGUUAAACAAAGGGCUGCUGUGAUAUAGAGAACAUAGAUUAGCUUCAUUUUCAAGGAAUGUGCAUUUGUUACUGCGAGCCUAAAAAUUUCACGUCUUGUUUAUCAAGGCAUUCAUCUGCUGUUUGGCAGCUAGCUUAUGGGAGCUUUUAUGGGAGCAUCUGUGAUUUAUUUAAUAAAAUACAAUGCAGAAGGUUGAUAAGCUUUCAUUUGGGUUUCGUUAUUCUCAUUUGACUCAUUGCGAUUCUCCAGGAAGUUGCAGAGUGGGAUCUUGCACGAAAAACAGGCCAAGCUUAUUUUUCAGCUGGUGUAAUAUGUCAAAAAAGGCAUCUAUCUUGUAAAAUCAUGUAUAUCUGCAGUUUUGAAUGGUGUGAUUGGUCAAUGAAAAAUAACCUCCAUAUCCAACAUCUUUCUUUGCUUCCUCAGGGCACAGCAUCAAUGAAUUACUGUUGCUAAAUCUUAAUCUCUACACUUAUGGUUUAGCUUUCUUUUCCCCCUAGUUUUUCCCUAUUACGUUUGCAGUAGCAGCAAGAUUUCCGCAGUUAGUUGGAAAGCAGUCUGUAACACAUAUGAUUAUUGCUUGGCCCUAUGAAACGUUUGAUAUCCUGUUUG